AUGGCAACCAAGGCAGCGCAGAAGCGGUUGACCCGCGAGUACAAGACAAUCUCGGAGAAUCCGCCACCUUACAUCACUGCCCAUCCGUCCGAGUCCAACAUCCUAGAGUGGCAUUAUGUCAUCACCGGUCCCGAGGACACGCCUUACCAUGGCGGACAGUAUUGGGGCACACUGAUGUUCCCUCCCAACUACCCAUUUGCACCACCGGCUAUUCGUAUGCACACCCCCUCGGGCCGCUUCCAGCCUUCGACGCGACUAUGUCUUUCCAUCUCCGAUUUCCACCCGAAGUCAUUCAACCCAGCGUGGGAGGUCUCAACCAUUCUCAUUGGCCUACUCUCCUUUAUGACGAGCGACGAGAUGACUACGGGGUCUGUGUCCACGAGCGCCGCCGAGAGAAAAUACCUUGCUUCCAAGUCGCGGUGGUGGAACUCCACUGGGGGCGGCUCUCACGUCAAGAAUACCGCGCAGAAAGGUAACGUCAAGGCGGGCGACGGAGGAGCCAAGUUCCGGGCGGAGUGGCCGGAAGUGGACGCGGAGAACUGGGAGUGGAUCAAGAAGAGCAAGCUGGAUCCCGCGACGGGCACCCGCUUGGAUGGAGACAACGGCUCAUCAUGCGGGCCUCAGCUGGGUAUUGCGGGCUCAAGCGGCAACCAAGCCCAAGCCGUGGUGGAUGCCGUGGUGCAACAACGGGACGCAGGCCGCGGCUGGGUAUACCGAAACAAACUGCUUGUCGCAGGAGGUCUCGUGUUCAUCUACGUCCUUAUUUCGAGGCUCGUGCACGGCGAGGGCCUUGCAUAA